AUGAGCAGCCAAACAUCCCGAAACGAGAAAAUAAAUGCGCCUGUGAACUAUGCUCUGCUUUCGAGCCAGCAUGGUGCUCUGAAUGGCCACAGAAGGACCACGCUGAAACUGAUCAAAAGUGGGACUGCUUCCUCUUCAAACUCCACUGAUUCUAAUGCUACGGCAUCUCUCGCACCACUUGCAGACCUUCUUGCCAGCUCGUGUGGAAAUUUGGUGGUUGCGACCGUUUCCUCCGGUGCUAGAUAUAAGGGUGUUCUAGUCACAGCAGAUAUAUCUGGAACUGGUAACUCUGCCAUGCUGAUUGUAUUGGAUCAUCCCAAAUUGGCACUGAAGUCUUUGCUCAAUGAGAAAAGUAAUGUUGAUGAUGAUUUGCCCGAACGCCUUGUUAUUCAAGCCAAGGACUUGAUUGAUGUAGAGGUUGCAACUGCUGUGGCCUCCAAUAAAGAUGCAAAGGAGGUGAAAAAGAAUUCUCCUGGUCCUGCGCCUUUGAAAGCCGACUCUCCCUCUAUAUCAACCUCUCCCUCGUCUUCCGCAGAUUCCUUCACUUCUACCUCUUCUAAGAUUCCAUCUCCAGCCACUGUUCCUAAGAAUACUCAAGUACCGGCAUCCAAGACUAUAUCUUACUCUGAACUUGCUAAGCGGGUGAACACAGAUUCUUCGUCCUCUUCCUCCAAAACCGUAAAGGCUCCUAUUUCGACUUCUGCUGCUGUUACUACUUCUGUGGUUCCCAAGAUUGAAAAGAAGUUGGCUGCAGUGUCGUUGCAAGAUACAAAGACUAAUACUCAAGAUUCCGCAAAGUUUAGAACUGACAGAGACAUUUCUGCUGGUUUUAAAUUCAAGGAAAGAGAACUCCAAAAAUGGCAACCUGACGAGGAUACCAAGGAACUCACUUUGGAGGACAAUCAGUUCAAUUCGGGCUCAUGGGAUCAAUUCAAGGUAAACGAAGAAAAAUUCGGUGUUGAAUCUACUUAUGAUGAGCAUUUGUACACCACUAGAGUCAACACUUCCGCAACGGACUAUAAUGAACGCUUGCAAAGAGCCCAAAAAAUUGCCCGCGAAAUUGAAGGCCUGACUACUCAAGACCAUCAUGUCAUGGAAGAACGUGGUAUUGUCGUUGCUGAUGAUAGCGGAAUGGACGAGGAAGAUAAGUACUCCGGUGUUCUUGCCGAUGUACAGCCCGCGAAAGUCGAUACUAGAGGAAGCGAGUUGAUGGCAGCACUUCGCCUUGGCUCCUUGUCCAAUGAAGGAUCAGGAGAUGUCAAGCGCUCUCUUCCUGGAGAUGGAAAAUACUCUACUCCAGGACAACGGGCCGCGCAAUAUCAUGAUGAUCCUGCCAUUGUCGCAAGUUCUGCUACUAAGAAGACUCCUGUUGUUGCUGCUAGUACUACUGGACUGACCGCGGCUGUUGCUUCUGUGGCGGAGACUAGUAAGAAAGACUCUCAAAAGAAACCUGCGAGUGCCCCACAGGAAACAUUCCGGUUGAAUGCUCAGAGUGAGAUCAACUCCUUAAAGGAAUUCUCGGCAAGCUUCAAAGUGCCACACAAAAUGCCAAAUGACCUCUUGCCUAUACUCGCAAAAGAUAAGAGUAAGCAAGACCAGAUCUUGAAGAAGCAAGAACAGUCAAAGGAGGCGAAAGAAGCUGCUGGUAAAGAAGUUCCAAGUAAGACGACUGCCAAACCAGAGGCACAGAGUAGCCGUAAAUCCUCUACUACCGAUGGUGUUAAAGAAGUGAAACAAUUCAAACUUAACCCCAAAGCAGCAGCUUUUACUCCUUCACGUCCUCUUCAGGCUUCUCCAUCGAUGUCCAUGGCUUCAACUGUCACAUCUCCAAGGAUGCAAAAUCAGAAGCCCGGAUCAUUUGGUGGACGUGAUAAGAAGCCACACACUUUGACUGCUGUCGAGGUGUUCGGCUCACAAGACAAGGUGCCCACCGCUGAGUCAAAGAAGAAAAAGCUUAACAGAUUGAGAGAGGGUGUGAAUAUGUACGCUUCCAUUCUUCGGGAGCAGGAGGCAAGAAAGGAUUCAUCAACACCUAUCACAUUUCCCAAGAUGUUCACCACUCCUCCUACUUGGGAUUCUACCGUUGAUGAGUCUUACGAAAAGGUCAUCACAGACCAAUGCAUUUCUCAGUCGCCAGCUCCAGGCCAUCCAGGCGUUCCAUAUAUGGGUAACCCAAUGAUGGGAGGACCAGGUUCUGGACCACACAUGGCUGCACCUGGAGGUUAUAAUGGGGUAGCAGCUGCUGGCGGUAAGUUUCCCGUGUCACCAUCAAUGCAUCAUUCAAUGGCGCAAAUUCAGCAACAGCAAAUGCAGGCAGCCAUGUUCUACCAACAGUUCCAAGCUGGAGCUGGCGGUAGACCUGGGCCACAUAUGAUGUACAUGCCACCGGGGUCUGAUCCACAAUACAUGGCUCCCGGUUUUAUAGUGCCCGGCGGGAUGAUGGGUGGGACCUAUGGUCACAUGAGUCCUACGUACACUGGUAGUGACAUGGGGUAUUCUGGCGGUUCUCAAGGGCUGGAAUCGCACCAUAACGGAGGACAAGGGGGCCACAGUCAUGAAGGCCGAGGCGGAUCUCAUGGUGGACAUAACAAUCACGGCAGUCACGGUUCUCAAAGCAGCAGCACUCAUGCUGGGCAUAAAGAGCAUUCGGGAUACAAUAGUAACCAGGGAAACAAAAGGUAUCAGAAGAAAGGAGGUUACAAUUGA